CCUUACCGUAUAUAUACACACAAAUAGAGAGCGUUGUUACUUGUGCCAAACUUAUCUCCAAACAAUUUUUUUUUUUCUCGAGAAAGAAUGUUUUCUGACUCUCUCGUUAGAUUCUCAGAGUUCGUAGCCGCCUCCAUCAUCAUAGCGUUCCUCGUCGUCUUCUCUCUCCGUCUCUUCUUUAGAUUCGCUUGUUUCCUCGCGAGCCGUUCUUGGCGCCGUUACCGUACGUUCACGGUCUAUCGCCGGAGAUGGAUAAGAAGAGCCGCGGCGGAUGAAACACAUUCGUCGACGACGUCGUAUUGUACGAUUUGUCUGGAAGACGCGGCGGAGGGAGAGAGGAUGAGGAGGAUAACGGCGUGCAGCCAUUGUUUCCACGCUGAUUGCAUCGAUCCGUGGCUGGAGAAGAAGUCCACGUGUCCUCUGUGUAGAGCUCAGAUUCCUCCGGCGCCUCCCGGAAACCCUCUGCUCGCGCUUAUUGUUCCUCCCGGCGUGUUCGAUAUGUUUACCAAAGAAACCUUCCCUGACGCGGCUUCAUCAACAAUAUUUGAUUAAAAUUUAAUGGAUGACUACUAAAACACGAGUUUAUCAAUGUUUUUUUAUUAGUUAAUUACUGUACUCGUUCAUUUUUAACUGUAUAGUUCUUUUCACACCAAAAUGAUAAAAGAGUAUGUAUCACCCUGAAAUUUGGAAUAUUGAACUCUUUGAACGAGACAAUACAAACCUCUAACAUGUUAUCUUGUGGAGAAAGUGACAGUAUUAUUAGUUAGUCUUUUUAUAAUACAAUUCCUAAAGAUGUUUUGUUUUU